CCACGCAACGCUACUGAUGAAACUGUCGGAAAAUUAUUUUUGAUGUGUUAAAAGAUGGAAUACUUUAAAAGUAGUAUUAAAUCUGUCUUGGGUUCGGGUCCUGAUGCUCAAGAACCAACUGCUGCCGAAACUAUUGAGAAACUGGUUGAUCGAGUUCAGACAUCUACUCUCUUGGACGAUCGUCGAGAUGCUUGCAGAGCCCUAAAAGCCCUUUCUCCAAAAUUUCGGUUAGAAAUUGGAGCUCAAGCAUUGGAUGCCUUAAUCAGAGUACUGGAAUGUGAUAGAUCUGAUAAUGAAAUAAUCAGCUAUGCUCUGGAAGCAAUAUGUAAUGUUAUCAAUGGUCCUAGAAAUGAUGAUGAAAAUCAAGAUUACGUAGCUGAUGACAGUUUGGGAUCACAGUUUACAGAAAUUUUUAUUGUGAGAUCUGAAAAUGUUUCUUUACUGCUGGAGCUGAUUGAGGAGUUUGAUUUCAAAGUACGAUGGCCAAUCGUUAGACUUCUCAGUGGCCUCUUGAGUCACAAACCUAAAGAGUUGCAAGAGUGCAUAUUAGUUAGUCCCAUGGGAGUGUCUCGAUUGAUGGACCUCUUAUCAGACACCAGAGAAAUCAUUAGGAAUGAUACAUUGUUGCUGUUAGGAUAUCUAACAAAAGGCAAUGCAAAUAUUCAGAAAAUAGUUGUUUUUGAAAAUGCCUUUGACAAGUUAUUUGCAAUCAUUUCUGAAGAAGGAUACAGCGAUGGAGGUGUCAUUGUGGAAGACUGUUUACAUGUAAUGCUGACUCUUCUAAAGAAUAACACAUCAAACCAAAUGUUCUUCAAAGAAGGUUCCUACACUAAGCACCUGGCUCCGUUCUUUGAUUUGCAUGAUUCGGGGGAGAGAGGUUGGACGCCACAGAAGACAGUCAACACUCUUACUAUGCUACAUAUUGUGAGAAUUUUGGUGUCGCCAAAUAAUCCUCAGCAAGUUACUCUCGCAGCUCAGAAAGCCAUGUUUCAGUGUGGUCUACUGGAACAAAUGUGUAAUAUUUUAUUGGCUUCUGGCGUACCUGCUGAUGUGCUGACUGAAAGUAUUAAUACGGUUGCUGAACUCAUUAGAGGUAAUCAUAGCAAUCAAGAAUAUUUUUCUUCAGUAUGUGCCCCUGUAAAUCCACCCAGACCACUGCUUGUUGUUCUACUAAUGUCCAUGGGGAACAAUAAACAACCUUUCAAUUUGCGGUGUGCUGUUUUAUACUGCUUCCAAUGCUUUUUAUAUCGCAAUGAAUUGGGCCAAGCACAGAUUGUACAGACAUUGCUGCCAUCUACAGCCGAUAUGAGCACAAUGACUGUUGGCAAGCUUUUGUGUGGAGGCCUCUUCAGUGUGGACAGCCUUUCCAACUGGUUUGCUGCCAUUGCCUUAUCUCAUGCCCUUGUGGACAAUCCGACUCAAAAGGAACAGCUUUUGAGGGUGCAGCUGGCUACAAGUGUCGGGAAUCCUGCCAUUUCUCUCAUCAACCAAUGUGCCAUGAUGCUUCAGCAAGGUGGUAAAUUACAAACCCGAUUGGGCCUUUUGAUACUGAUGAGCACGUGGUUAGCCAACUGCACCGUUGCUGUGAUGCAAUUUCUCAGUGUGCCUACAAAUAUCCCAUUUCUUACAUCUCAAGUAAAUUUAGCCGAAGGAGAUGAGCACGAGGACAUAGUUCAAGGAGUUUGUGCUUUUCUUUUAGGCAUUUGUAUAGAAUUCAAUGACAACUCUCAGCAGAGCUUUACCAAAGAGGAUUUGUGUCAACUAAUUGUGAAGCGGAUUGGACUGGAGACAUUCAUAGACAAGCUUGAUGCGAUUGCCAAGAAUGAGAAUUACAGUCGAGCUGCGCAAAAUCCCCAUCUGAAAUUUCAACAACCAUCCAAUGUGCUGUUUGAUUAUGAGUUUUGUCGUCUAUUUAAGUCUUUAGAAGGUGUAAUUAUCAAAGCUGUUCAGCCGAAGCCUAAGUUGUUGAAUGGUCCCGAAUCUUCGAUGACUCCGGAACAACAAGAACUACUUAGACAGUAUAAGGAUCUCAUUAGGGAACAGGAUCAGCAGAUUCAAGAAUUAAAAGUCAAGUUAGAGGAAGUUAUGUCUGAGUAUGAACGCUCCAAGACUCAAGUGGAAGACAUGACAGGCUCCGUACAACAGCUUAAAGAUCAAAAUGCCUUAUUAAAAGCUCAACGCUCUGUCUCCGGAAACAGUUCUAGUCAAGAAGUCAUGCAACUGAGACAAGAAAUUGAACAACUUAAGCUUGAAUGCCAGAAGAAACAAGCAGAAAUUGACGUCAAAAGUGAUGAGAAUCGGCAACCUUCUGACAGCUCUUUUUCAACGGUUGAAACUCAAACACAAAAAGCUGAGAAUCAAGAGACUGUUAAUCGGUUAGAAACAGAGCUUCAUGCAGCUCAACAAGAAGUUGAACAAUUGCGAAGUCAACAAACAGACAACGUUCAAGAAAAUGGUAGAUUACUCGCAGCACAAGAAGAAAUACUGGAGUUACAAAAAACUAAUAAGAAACUCGUUGAAGAAAAAAAUGGCACUGAAGAAGAGUUAAAUAGGAUACGAAAGGAGCAAGAAGACAUGCUCAUAUUAUUAACGGAACAAAGCGAUAAAAUUUCAGAGUAUAAGAAACGGUUACGAGAUCUAGGCCAGCAGGUGGAAGACGAUGAUGACUCCAUGAAUGAUGAUGAUGAUUCUGAGGAAUUUGAAGAUAACUUAAGUGAUUUAAAAGAUGAACUGAACAGUAUUAAAAAUGAUUUUGACUCUGAAAAGUUUGAUUAAAGUGUUUGGCAUAAAGAAAGAGACAUGUUUUCUGAACCAAGAUAAAGUGUGCAGAAUUUUACUUGAACUUUUCCCAUCGUCUCAGAUUCAUGAUUUUUUAUAAAGAGUACUAUUGCUCAGUCAAAAGGGUCUUUUAAAAAAACAGAAGCUAUAUAUUUCUUAGCUCGUAUAUGAUCACUUAUUCUGCUUCAUUCUUUCUUUUCUUUUUUAAGGGUUGGUAUCUUUCCACCUGUGCUCAGCAAAAUUUUCUUUGGUAACUAAUUUCGGUACUUGCUUAGAUUAGAAAAUUAAUAUCUUUAGAUAUUUAAAGCUAAAGGCUCUCUUCUUUUUAUAUACACUUACAGACUGCAUUGUAACUUUUCUAGUUUCAAGCAAAAUGAAAAUGUAUCUUGUUGGUAUUUUUAAUCCUUAAACCCCAAAACAAUAUUUGAAAAUUUCUUUUAUUUUUCUCCAUGCAGUACAUCAUUUAAGUUUUCAAGACUUUUUAAUAUCUGUUUCACUCCUAAAAAUUUUUUUACGUAUGUUAAGUGACUCAAAGGUAUUUAUUGUCAUAUGUUUUUUACCAACAGGUAAUUUAAGAAUCAUUGUUAUGUAACGAAUUUGUAUAUUAUUUAUUUUACCAUUAGUCUAUAUAUAAAUGUUGUUUAAUUCCCUCUUUGAACAUUGUUUACGAAUUGGUAUAAAAUGCAUAGUUUUCACAUUUCACCUCAAUAAUAUGUUGAUGCAAUGAAUUUAUUCACACGAUAAUUAAACCGUUUGUUUCAAAAGCCCGUCAAGCGACAAAAUUUCUAAUUUUAAGAAAACAUUUAUAUCAUCACAUUAAAUUAUCUAAUUGCAAUUGUAACAAUUUUUGCCAAAAGAAAUAUAUCUAAAUGUGCAGAAGGGGCCCACCCCCGUAAGAGUAAGGGUGCACCCCUCCCCCUCAAAUCGCAGAGACCCCCAAAAUGCAAGAGUUCCCCCCCCCCUUCUCAAAUAAGAAAAAUACCCUCAUAACACCCUAAAAAUCCCCCCCCCCCCUAAAAAUUUCAAUGACGCAGUCUGCGCUAUAACCCCUCCUCCACCCCCUAGGUGGGCACACCUGUAAAUAUGUAUACAUUUCAGUUUAAAAUAUUGUAAUCCUUAUCUAUUUUUUUAAAAUAAGGGUAAAAAUGCUUUUUCAAACUUUUAGAGCUUAUCGCUUGACUGGUUUUUGAAAUAGUACUCCAAAUUGGAACUAUUUAAACUUCCCAAGUGAUAUUUGUAUAAAUUGUUGAAAUGUAUUCUGAUUUUAAAUAGAGUUUCUCUGAUAUUUUUUCACUUAACAUUUUUUAAGCUCUUAUAAUAUGCAUUUUAUUACUUUGAAGUCAAUUUUAAAGUUAACUUUGCUAAGAAGUAAUAUAGCUGUAAAACUCACCAACAUAGCUGUGCAGCUUCAGAAACUCAUUCUACACAAGAUUAAAGGUAGCAUUUGCAUACCGUUAUAUAGUCUGCUGUACUGAGUCAUUGAAAUUUUUGAAAGUUGAUUGUUUAAUGUAUAUUUUAUAAAUGUACAGUUGAAAUAAAAAUGAUUUUUUUUUCA